AUGUGGUUCCUGGCGAUGAUUGUCUUCGCUGUCCUGAGCCAGGCAGCCAAGCAUCGCCUCAUCGUGGGUACAUUCAGCACCGAGUUCCUCUACACUCUCGAGUACGACGACCAGGACCAGAGCUUAGUGCUUGUGGCCACCAAUCCCGUACCUGCUGCAAGCCAAUGGAUCGCACUGAACCACGACAAGACGAAGCUCUACGGCACGGACUGGAAUGCCGCCGAGCCGUCGUUCAUGAGCUACGACAUCCAAGAUCCCCUCAACAUCAAGCACGAAGCUACCAUCGUGGGAGGUCGCUACUGCUCAGGAUCCAAGAGCAUCUUCGUCGCCGCCUACCCCAAAGCACCCUACACGGUUUAUAGCAACAACUACUACGGCGAUGCAAAGUGCAGCUCGGUCAUGUCUGUGCAUGACAACGGCACCCUGAAGGAAAUCAUACAGGACUACACUUAUGCCCCCGGCUCUGCUGUCCACGGUCUUGCGUUCAGCUCUGGCGGCGGAUACCUGUUCUCGGCGGAUACCAUAGGAAACAAGAUCUGGACGCACCAGAUCGACGCCACGACAGGGCAGCUCACGUACGCGAGCAACAUCACGGGGCCAUCCGCGGGUUCGGAUCCGCGUCACAUCAUCGCACACGGCGGAGACAAGUUCCUGUACACCGUCCUGGAGGGGUCGAGCGAGGUUGCGCAGUACGUCAUGAACCGCGACGGCCAGCUGUUCUACCACGAUACAAAGUACCCUCUCAUCCGUGAGAGUGAGAACCCGGCGGACUUCUGGGCCGACGAGAUCUCGAUGUCUGUGAACAGCAAGUACCUCUGGGCGACGAACCGGGCGCGCGACAAUACUAAGAAGGGCUAUAUCUCGGUGCUCGAACUCGACGAGGCGGAAGGGGCUAUCGCGGGACAGAAUUUCCUGUUGCCGACGUCUACCAGUGGCGGUUUUGCCAACGCGGUGGCCGCGAGCCCGUUCGACGAGUCUCUUGCGGCUUUGACGGAUAACUCUACGGGCUUCGUCGAGAUUUGGAAUGUCAACGGGUAUCCGAUAGCGCAUCUGAACAUCGAAGACGGAGGUGGCUGUUGUGCCAAUGCUGUAUGGCUGGAUUAG